AUGCGUUUCUGGUUAAUUUCGCUCCUAAUUAUUCAGUACUAUUGCAUAGAUAUUGCUGUUUCGGUGAUCGCUUUUGGUUUUUAUCAAAAAUCAUUCAAAUUUAAUGAUCAUAUUAUCUGGGAUUAUAUAGCACUUAAUGUGCCAUAUCAGUUUAUCACUUCUCCCGUUGAUUUUCUAGUCUUUACCGUUGUUCGACUUCUCAUAAUGCUAUUUUGUCUUAUGCUCAAAGUCAGUCGUGAAUAUCCAUGGCUUGAAAAACUUUUUAUACCAUUUUUGGGAGUAUUUAUUCUACAUUGGACAUUUUCAUUGAUAAAAUUACUCGCAUUCUCGGAGAAAAUCGAGCAAUUUGCUUAUUUCGGGUUUUGGCUAAAUGUUACUUGGAAUGUACUAGCCGCUAUAUUCAUUAUGUUACUUUGGAAUUUUGUAUUACGUCGUAACACGUCCUGGGAUUAUCAAUCAUUAACGGGUGAAACACGGGAUGUGCCAUCAAGAUUGCAUGAUACUAAGGAGGAAUCUACUCGUUUUGGUACUGGUCAACAUAUUUUGCGACUACUCCGAUAUUGUAAAUUUCACUGGAUAUGGUUCGCAACUGGUUUCUUCUUUCUCAUCAUCUAUUCUUCAUCACGGGUGUUUUUACCAUACUGUACCGGUCAAGUACUUUCAAAUAUAGUGCAAGGUCGAGGCGCUGUUGUUUUAGUCCGUUCUGUGUUGCUUAUGGUAGCUUUAACUUUCGUAAGCACAAUUACUGGUGGUCUGCGAGGUGGAAGUUUCGUUUACGCUACAGCACUGGUCAAUCGUCAAAUGCGCUACGAUUUAUUUAAUUCGUUAGUGGAACAAGAUAUCAGCUUCUUUGAUACGACUAACACAGGUGAGAUAACAUCAAGACUAACAACUGAUUGUGAAACAAUGUCUUCAACAGUUUCUACGAACUUAAACGUUUUCCUCCGAAACAUUGUCAUGCUGCUUGGUUCGUUAGUGUUCAUGAUCACUCUUUCAUGGCGCCUUUCUCUGGUUACUUUCAUUAUUGUACCAGUUGUUGGCUUCAUAACCAAAGUUUACGGUGCAUAUUAUGAUCUGCUAACGGAAAAAACGCAAGGAACAAUAGCGACUUCGAAUCAUGUAGCAGAACAAGUGAUUAGUACUAUGCGAACAGUGCGAUCAUUCGCUUGUGAAAAACGUGAAGCUAGGAAGUUUCAGCAACAUUUGGAUGAAACGUUGAAUUUAAAUAAAAAAAAAGCAAUUGUUUAUAUGGGUUAUAUGUGGACCACCGAAUUUUGUGAUAAUGCUAUCCUGAUUGCUGUGCUCUUUUAUGGUGGCCAUCUUGUUUUAUCAGGAAAAAUGACAGUUGAUAAUUUGAUAUCUUUCUUAUUAUAUCAAAUGCAACUUGGAGAGAAUCUCUAUAACAUCAGUUAUGUAUUUACGGGUCUGAUGGAAAGUGUUGGUGCAUCAAGGAAAGUUUUCGAAUAUAUGAUGCGUAAACCAAAAAUUCUUCAUGUUGGAACGAAAAAGACACCAGUUAACGGAGAAGUUAAAUUCGAUUCCGUAUCUUUUACAUACACUUCCCGGCCAAACAAUCCUGUUUUGCAGGACGUUAGUUUCACCGUUCAUCCAGGUCAGACUGUUGCUUUGGUUGGACCAAGUGGUGGUGGGAAGUCAUCAAUCGUGUCUUUGAUUGAACAUUUUUACGAAUGUGAUAAAGGCUGCGUACUUAUUGAUGGAAAUCCAGUGGCAGAUUAUGAUCAUGAGUAUAUUCAUCAAAAAAUAGCUCUGGUUGCUCAGGAUCCAAUAUUAUAUGAAGGCACGGUACGCGAUAAUAUUGUAUACGGAUGUGAUUGGGCUACCGAAGAAGAUGUAUUAAAUGCUGCUAAAAUAGCUAAUGCGCAUAAUUUCAUCAUGGAAACGGAAAAGCAAUAUGAUACAAACUGUGGUGAGAAGGGUAUUCAAUUGUCAGGCGGUCAAAAGCAACGUAUAGCUAUAGCACGAGCUUUGGUUCGUCAUCCUGCUAUCCUUAUAUUAGAUGAGGCAACUUCAGCUUUAGACGCAGAAAGUGAACACGUUAUACAAGAUGCUAUAGCGCAGUGUUCGAAGGAUAAAACAGUUAUAGUGAUAGCACAUCGUUUAAGUACAGUUGAAAAUGCUGAUCAAAUUAUUGUCAUUAAUAAAGGACGAGUGGUGCAGCAAGGCCGACAUGAUGAUUUGCUGGAACAAGAUGGUAUUUAUCGAGCUUUAGUGCAUCGACAACUUCUUGGACAUAGCUCAAGUAAAAUACACUGA